AAACGAAGAAAUAACAAACAAACACUCGCGAGCGGCCAUUACUAUACUGAAACAGAAAACAUGCCGGCGGAAAACUUAGAAGAAGAGGGAUUGGAGAAAAACCCCGAUCUACGUCUCUCGCAGUUAAAAUUCUUGCUCAGUUUACCGGACUACAAAAACGAUGCGUCUGUUAAGAAGAAACUCAUCGAUGGAAUUCAGGCUAAUAAUAUGGCACCAUUCUAUGAGGAAGUCUGUAACGAUCUAGGGUGGAAAGUAGAUCAGAAGUUAUUAAAGCAAAUGAAAGACUCAAAUGCUACCAAGCUAAAAGAACUACAGACCACAUUAGAAGAUGCUGAGCAGAAUCUGGGGGAAACUGAAGUGAGAGAUGCCUUUUUAGCUCAAGCAGAAUUCCAUUGUCGCAUUGGUGACAAGGAAGCUUGUUUGUCAACAUUUAGAAAAGCAUUUGAAAAGACUGUGGCAUUAGGACAUAGACUGGAUAUUAUAUUUCAUCUUAUCAGAGUUGGGUUGUUCUACAUGGACAAUGAUCUUAUAACAAGAAAUAUUGCCAAAGCAAAAGAUAUGAUUGAAGAAGGAGGAGACUGGGAUAGACGCAAUCGCUUGAAGGUUUACCAAGGAGUAUAUUCCAUGGCUAUACGUGAUUUUAAAAAUGCUGCCAACUAUUUUCUCGACACAGUCUCAACAUUCACAUCAUACGAGUUAAUGGAAUAUACAACAUUUGUCACUCAUACUGUAUUGGUAUCGAUGUAUUCGCUGGAUAGAACCGAUCUCAGACAAAAGGUUGUUAAGGGAUCUGAAAUAUUAGAAGUUUUACACAGUCUGCCUGAUAUUAGAAACUUCUUAUUUUCUUUAUAUGAUUGUAGAUAUGGAGAUUUCUUUGCGUCUCUUGCUAAAGUAGAAGAGAUGUUAAAGUUUGACCGUUUGAUGGCACCACACUAUCGGUUUUAUGUGCGUGAAAUGAGAAUCCUUGCAUACACACAGUUACUAGAAUCCUAUAGAAGUUUAACACUACAAUAUAUGGCUGAUGCAUUUGGUGUUAGUAUUGAAUUUAUUGAUCAGGAAUUAUCUCGCUUCAUUGCUGCUGGUCGUCUUCACUGUAAGAUAGACAAGGUGGGGGGCAUUGUAGAAACCAAUCGACCAGAUAGUAAAAACUGGCAAUAUCAGGAGACCAUAAAGAAAGGAGACUUGCUAUUAAAUCGAGUACAGAAGUUAAGCAGAGUAAUUAAUAUCUAAGCCACUCAUGACAGUGGAAUGGAGUAUUGGUAUCAUGAUUUUGGAAUACAUCUAUUUUGACUUGUGUGCCAUCUCAAUAUUAAGAAUAGUUAUCACCUGGAAGAUUUGAAUUUGUCUAUGCGAGUUGAACGAAAAUAAUCCUGAUUGGUGCUAUGCAUGACUCCUAAAUCCUGGUACUUUUUUAUGGGACAAAUUCACUAUCAAUAAAAGUUUAUUUAGUUACCGAAAACAUGCAAGAAGUUGUCUUUUACUGUACUCGACCGCGUUAGCGCCCAUGCCCGGGCAAGCGCCCACCCCCCACUUUUGUGCAUUUUUUAUAUUUGGGGUCACAUUCGGCAAAGCGCCCACCACUUCAUUUUGCAACUAAUUUAAAACUUGGUCUUGCGUAACGAAUCUUGGUAAUCGUUUUUAUAUGAUACAGCGUGGAUAUCGAUCGCUGUGAACAUGUGAAUGCGUAGAACACGGUAACCGUGCGUAAACUACGCUUCGACAAUGACCUGUUAAUACAAGUAAAAUGCGAUAAAUAUUUCAUGCCAUAUUCAGUUUACCUCUCAAAAAUGGCUAGUUACUAGUUUUUCGGAAAACCAUGUCGUU